UACAAAUGUGCCCUUUUCAAAUCUUGUUUUUUAAAUGUUCAUAUAAUUAUUUAUGUAAUUUUGCGUUCUGACUGAAUUCAUUUAUUCACAAAAUCAUCUUCCUUGUUCCUUCAUUGACAGAUUUGAGUGACAGUUAACAUCGUGGAUCGGAACGGAACGUGUUCUUUCUUACAUCAAAUGAGUUGAACGUCGGAAAUAGAAUUUUAUUUGUAUUUUGUUGUGCUAAAUUAAAGUAUUUAGUUGCAAUAUGCCGGCAGCACGUGUAAUCAAACGAUUAUGUACUCGGCCAUUAAUUCGAUUCAAUUCAUGUUGCCACAAAAAUCCUUCAUCAAACUUACAAGUGCGACAUAGUGCUACAGUGGUGUAUUCAAAGUCCCAAAUAUUUGUCCCAAUAGCAAUGAAAAUUCGUAAAUUAGGCUUAGGUCCUACAUCUAAAGACUUCGACGAACAAACCCAACUAACAGGGCCCUUAACAAAAGUGCACGCCACUGAACUUGUGCUGCAUUUAAAAGAUGAAGAGCGGAAAGUGUUAUUUUCUGCAUUACAAGAAUACGAGUCCAAUAGAAUCAAGGAAGAAUUUGAAGACAAAUUGGCUGGUCUACGCUGGAGAAGUAAGCUAGGGAGACCUAGCAAAGUCCCUUCUUUGGGAGACGUCGAUCCAACGGGAACCUAUUGCCCUGUGCCUGAAGACUGGUUGAAGAAGAAAUAUGCUUCUACUAUACCCAAACCCAGUACCAAGGAGCUGUUGCACUUAUCAUUAUCCAAUUCUAUACCAUUCAUUGGCUUUGGGUUUUUGGACAACUUUAUUAUGAUUAUUGCGGGCGACAGCAUAGAGAGCAGCAUGAGCGCGUACAUCACGCUGUCGACGAUGGCGGCGGCGGCGCUGGGCAACACGUUCAGCGACGUCAUCGGCAUCGGCUCCUCGUACUACGUGGAGCGCGCCGCCGCGCUCAUCGGGCUGGGCGCGCCCGCGCUGUCGCCCGUGCAGCUCGACAUGCCCGUCACGCGCCGCUUCAGCAACAUGGGCCGAGUGAUAGGCAUUACGAUCGGCUGCUUCCUGGGCAUGACGCCGCUCCUGUUCAAGGACGACGAAAAGAAGGCGGAGCCUAGCAAACCCGACAAGCCAGAAUCAAAGUGAAUGUUUCCCUGUUCACCACAGUAGCAUACAUUCUUUCAGAUUUAGCGAAGUUUCUAUUAUCUAAUAUAAUAACUCUGUAUUAUAUCUAUGUAAAUAAGAUGUAAAUUGAAAGAUUCUGAAGUCACUGGUGUCUAUAGUCACCUCUCAGCUAUUGUUAUGCACAAUGUGCGUGUAGUACUUAUUGUCUUUAAGUUUAACAAAUUGUAAUAAAUCAGAUGUCAUAUAAGUAUACUAUUAAAGUUCUUUGCUUGAAUUUAAGGAUAAUGAGAUGAUAUUUUGAUUGUAAAAGUUUAAUAUCUUGUGAUAAGUGUAAUGAUUGAUGAAUUAUUUCCUGUCAGACUUGUGCAUGAAUACUAUUAUUGCAGAGAACACACACUCGAAUUCUCAAUGAUAUAGGACAAUUUUUGUUGUAUAUGUAGUUGUAGAUAGAUAAAUAUGCUUAGUAUGAAUUCUGAAAAGGGGAUGUUUCAAUUAAAAUGUGAUAAUUAAUUAUAUAUUUUAUACUCUUACUUGCCACUGGCAGCUCUCUUUGGCACCAAAAAAUAAAUACAUGCACCAAGUUAGCUGAAAAACUUAGUACUCACUUUUUAUGAUAUAGUAUAGGUAUCAUGAUAUUAUAUUCUUAUGAUACAAUAUUUUUGCUGCUAACAUUUUCUAUUAUUAGAGGAAGCAAUGUAACAAUAUCCAAAGUAGAUAGUUAUAAAUUAAGUGUUAUCUUUGCAAUUUUAUGAAUUGUUUAUUAUUGUGUCAUGUGCUUGAUUUCAUUGGAGUUAUUUGACUUCAGCCUGUUUUACUUUCAAAUGGGUUCUUUACUGCCGAUUUUCGUAUUAAGUGUUGUAUUAUGUAUUAGCAUUUACGCAAGCCCAACAGGUGACUCUAGUCAGUAACAGUGAAGUGGUACAUUUUAGUACAAAAUACGUUCGCUAAAUCUUACAAAUUUAAUAAAUGUUCCUAAAUAAUAAAAUAAAAAUAAAAUCAAGAGUAUGAUUUUUGUCACCAGAAUAAAAUCACCUGAAUACUCCUGAUAAUUAUUACUAACAACAAUAUUAACUGAUAAUAAUCAUAAUUUAUUUGCAAAUUAAACAUGGUAGGUAUCAAAGAUAUUUAAUUACAUGAUAUAUUUUGGUGACAAAUAUAAUAGUUGGUAAUAGAAAAUAUUGUUCCCGUUUUCCAUAGUGCAUUACAUUAAAGCUAUAGAGUUCAAUGUCUAGCUAAUAUUUGAAAAUCAUAGGGCUACUAUAUUUUGCAUUUGUUAUUUGCGCACAGAAUGGCAUGUGGUACAUGUUAAAAGUUAAUAAAUACCUACGUUAUGGAAAAUAUGAGUAACAAUAUUUUACGUUGUAAUGCACGUUUAUAAUCACAAUUCGUUUGUAGAUGUUAUUGCUGCGAACAGCAACAUGAAUUAAUUACAUGUACUAACUAUAGGGUUACAGAGAGAAUGUAUGAUUUAAAUGGCACACCUAUUUACGAUUGUUGAUAUACUAUUUGUGUUUUAUAUGAUUUUUAUGACUUUAGAAUGAUUAUAUACUUUAGAAUCGA